AUGCAUUCACCUACUCACACUCACACACACCUACUCACGCUCACACUCACCUACUCAAAAUCACCUACUCACACUCACACUCACACUACACUCAAGGACACGCACUCGUACUCACCUACACACGCUCACACUCACCUAUUCACACUCACCUUCUCGCACUCACUCACUCACUCGCAUUUACACUCACCUACCACACUCACGUUCAUGUACUCGAACUCACACUCCCUUACACCCACUCACACUCACUCGCACUCACACUCAUUUACUUGCACUCACACUCACCUACGAAUGUGUCUGCAUGUCGCUAUGUUUCUUGAAAUUCAUUUUAUAUAUCUCUAUCUAUAUCUAUCUAUCUAUCUAUCUAUCUAUCUAUCUAUCUAUCUAUCUAUCUGUCCAGAUAACACGCUCCCUUCUAUCUCUCUGUCUCUCUCACUAUCUAUCUAUCUAUCUUGGUCUGUUCAUAUCUAUCUAUCUAUCUAUCUAUCUAUCUAUCUAUCUAUCUAUCUAUAUCUAUCUCAGUCUAUUCAUAUCUAUCUCACAGACGAUGCACUACGGACUCUGCUAUACUGUGCAGUCGACAAAAAUCAAAGAUAA